UUUGUUAAUAUACUAAUUAAAACUUGUCUAAUUAAAUAAUUAAUAGUUUUUGACUUUGAAAUGGCUUCAAAAUAUGAUGAAUCUUCAAAAACAUUGAUAGUAACCAUUAAAGCAUCAACAGAAACUACCAAAGCACGUUUUGGACAUUUGUUUAAUAAUCAAGAAUUUGCUGAUAUUUUUUUUAUUCUUAAAAAAGAUGAAAAACGACAACCAAUUCCUGCAAACAAAACAAUAUUAAGUGUUGGAAGUGAUGUAUUUAAAACAAUGUUUUUUGGCAGUUUAGCAACAAAAUCUGAGAUAAUUGAAAUAACUGAUGUUGAGCCGAAUGGAUUUAUGACAUUACUUAAUUUUUUAUAUUUUAAUGAAGUAAAAAUUAAUAAUGAAAUAGUGUUCAAUACUUUAUAUGCUGCAAGCAAAUAUAAUGUGCCUUCAUUAGAAAAGCAUUGCGUUGAGUUUUUAAAAAAGAGUUUAACUAAUGAUAAUGCUUUAUUUUUAUUAACUCAAGCUAGAUUAUACGAGAAAUCAGAAUUAACAGCAAUGUGUUUAAAUAAGAUUGAUAAAAAUACAACGGAAGUAUUGGAUUCUAAUGAUUUUACUGAUAUUACUUUGGAGACGUUAAUUUUGAUAUUGGAACGGGACACACUAAGAAUUUUUGAAUCGAAAUUAUUUGAAUCAAUUGUGAUUUGGUCAAAAACUGAGUGUGAUCGAAAACAAUUAUGCGUGACACCAGAAAACCAACGUUGUGUUUUAGGCAAGGCCCUUAGUUUAAUACGCUUUUCAUUAAUGACAAUGAAAGAAUUUGAAAAAGGGCCAAUUCAAAGUAGUUUAUUGGAUGAGAAUGAAGUUAAACAAUUUUUGAUGGAUAACGCAUUAAAUACAAAUUCGACAGAAAGACCAAGAUGCUGUACAAAUCCUCUUGAAGGUUAUUUAAAAUUCUAUAGUGAAAUGAAAACAUUAUCAGAAGUACAAAAAUGCUUUUCGCUUUGUUUUUCUCGCUCUGGUUCUCACACUGUUUUUGUUGUUGGUAUCAUUGUACUAAAUAUUGCAAAAUGUAAAUCUAAUGCUAAGUUAAGAUUAACAAGGUAUCCAUACGACAAAAACUUAUAUUAUGCUUCUCAAAGCAACAAUCCAUCGCCAGAUACAAUAACUUUUAUAUUUAAUAAACCGGUCGAGCUUUUUUCUAAUUUUAAUGUAUUUAUUGAUUUUGGUGAGCUUGCUGAUUUAAGGCCAGUUUGGAGACCAUUAAAUACAGGAGUUAUUGAAAAACGUGGACAAAGGAUAAAGACUAUGAGAGAUUAUUUUACUUGGAAUACAACAGAUCCAGUCAAUAUUAUAUCUGAAAUUUUAUUUUAUGAAUAA